AUUACUGUAGUUUCUAUUUGGUGAAGAAAAAAAUGGCAAGUGUCGUGAACGGAGUUGCUCUCUUGGCUUUGUUAUGUCUCAGUGCUUUCCUCGUGAAUGUAUCGGCGAAAGAUGUUGUGAGUGCGAGCAAAGAAGAUGAGGACGAGAAGACGUUCUUAGGAGGUAUCGGUGGUGGAGCCGGAAAAGGCGGCGGCUUUGGCGGCGGAAUCCGAAAAGGUGGUGGCUUUGGUGGCGGAAUCGGAAAAGCUGGUGGCUUUGGUGGCGGAAUCGGCAAAGGCGGCGGUUUUGGCCGCGAGAUCGGUAAAGGAAGCGGUUUUGGCGGCGGAAUCAGCAAAGGCGGUGGCUUUGGUAAAGGUGGCGGUUUUGGUGGCGGAAUCGGAAAAGGCGGUGGAUUUGGAGGUGGGGUCGGUAAAGCUGGCCGCAGCCGAAUCGGUAAAGGCUUUGGAUUUGGCGGGGGGAUCAGCAAAGGCGCUGGUUUUGGUGGCGGAAUCGGAAAAGGCGGUGGAUUUGGAGGUGGGGUCGGUAAAGCUGGUCGCAGCCGAAUCGGUAAAGGCUUUGGAUUUGGCGGGGGGAUCAGCAAAGGCGCUGGUUUUGGUGGUGGAAUCAGCAGCAAAGGCUUUCGAUUUAGCGGCGGAAUCAGCAAAGGCGUUGGCUUUGGUGGUGGAAUCGGAAAAGGUAGCAACUUUGGCGGCGGAAUCGGAAAAGGUGUCGGCUUUGGCGCCGGAAUGGGCAAAGGUGGCGGCUUUGGUGGAGGAAUCGGAAAAGGCGGUGGUGGGUUUAGAGGAGGAGGAGGUGGCCACUACUGA